GUAGCAGAGGAACUGUGAGAAAGAGAUAACCGCACUUGUUCACCCCAAGGGUUACCUGUGACACCCUCGCAAUGACAAGAGGGCCCAGCGGAAGGGGACCACGUAAAGGGAGUUUGGAUACCUUACCAUAGCCGGCAAUUUGAAAGAGAGAGAAAAAAAAGUUCCUGAGCUUUUAACUGUUUUUUUUUUUUUUUUUUUUUGCUUGUCGUCAUUUUGGAGUUCCCUUGGAGUUACCUGUGCUGUGAUCGAUCGGAGAAUAAGCGAGCCGAGUUACUCAUCAGCUCCACAGAUCAGUGCAUGAAACUGAGAGCCAGGCCGCAAUGAGUCGGAGAACGAGACGCUGGAUUUUAAGAGUUUUACUUUGUCUGGGAAUUGUUUAUUUAAAAAUUGGUGGCUUCUCGUCAGUGGUGGCCCUAGGUGCGAGCAUAAUCUGUAACAAGAUCCCCGGUUUGGCCCCCAGACAGCGGAUUAUCUGCCAGAGUCGCCCCGAUGCCAUUAUCGUCAUCGGAGAGGGAGCCCAAAUGGGCAUCAACGAGUGUCAGUUUCAGUUCAAAAACGGGCGCUGGAACUGCUCUGCACUGGGGGAGAGGACAGUCUUCGGAAAAGAGUUGAAAGUGGGCAGUAAAGAAGCUGCGUUCACCUACGCCAUUAUUGCAGCCGGGGUGGCCCACGCCAUCACGGCGGCCUGUACUCAGGGAAACCUGAGUGACUGUAGCUGUGACAAGGAGAAGCAGGGUUUCUACAGCAAAGAUCAGGGCUGGAAGUGGGGAGGCUGCUCAGCGGACAUCAGUUACGGCUUGGGAUUCUCCAAAGUAUUUAUCGACGCUCGGGAGGUCAAACAGAAUGCAAGGACACUAAUGAACCUCCAUAAUAAUGAGGUGGGACGCAAGGUCUUGGAGAAGAACAUGCGGCUGGAAUGCAAGUGUCAUGGCGUCUCGGGCUCCUGCACCACCAAAACCUGCUGGACUACACUUCCCAAGUUCCGCGAGCUCGGCUACAUUCUCAGGGAGAAGUAUGCCCAUGCGGUGCACGUGGAACCGGUCAAAGCCAGCCGCAACAAGCGCCCCAAAUUCCUCAAGAUCAAGAAGCCUUACUCUUACCGUAAGCCUAUGGAUACGGACCUGGUGUACAUAGACAAGUCGCCUAACUACUGCGAGGUGGACCCUGUGACAGGGAGUCUGGGGACGCAGGGCAGGGUGUGUAACAAGACCAUGAUGCAGCACAUCAGCGGCUGUGACCUGAUGUGCUGCGGACGAGGAUACAACACACACCAGUACUCGCGCGUGUGGCAAUGCAACUGUAAGUUCUUGUGGUGCUGCUACGUGAAAUGCAACACGUGCAGUGAGAGGACAGAGGUGUACACAUGCAAAUGAGGAUAUUUAUUGGACGGUAUGUGUGUGUGUGUGUGAUGUCUGAAAGCCUGUGGGUUCAUGUCUUAGUGUUUUCAUGGACAAACUGGAACUGUUCGACUCUACAGGAAGGCUGCUAUUACAGUCUUUUCAUACACAAUGUGGAACUACUGUAUUGUGUGUACACUAAGCUGAAGAUGGUCCGUCAAGAAUCCUUUUUUUUUUUUUUGCACACAAAGCUCUUCAAACUCCUCGCGGACUGUUGUCUUCUGUGGGAUGAAAUGUUCAAAAAGAAGCCUGACUAAACGGAAAAGGUGCGUCCUGGCAUGUUGGACUGAAGCGAAGUGUGGAGACUUACACGCACAUGUUGGGACAUUAAGGAAAUGGAUUUUGCUGAUGCAAAUGAAUGAUGGUGGAUGUGAUUGCUGGGCAGGACACACUGCUGUAGUCCCCCCUCUGUGCACAGGUGACACGACACAUCCAUUUGGAAUAUUUAACACACUGUAUUUAGAGAAUGAAAAUAAUUAAUAUUAAUUUAUUCUAUAAAAAAAAAACUACUGAUUUUGUCCAUUAUGGAUCCAAAAUAACUAAGUGUUGGGAGGUUUUAGGUUGUUAAAGGGAUCAAAAGUGUCCACAGUUAACACACUGGAUUUGAAUCUGCCUCGUGGCUUUAGAAUAAUGUUGUUCCAGAUGAAACUGCUGUAGGCUACUCACACUGACCUCCUGACCCUCUCCUGAGUUUGUCUUCCCUCUGUUUGCUGCUAGUCUCCAGAAUCCCUCUUGUUGAGGUCGAAGGCUGUACGCUCUGCUGACUGCCUUCAACGGCAUCGCUUACUUUAGGCCGACUUAGCUUAACAGGUCUUAUUCACUGAUCAAAAACACGGGCACAUUUUCCACUUUUGGUAAAUAAUGGUUAAUAGAGUAUAUUUUGUAAAAGCCUAUUUUUAUAUGAAUGUCUUAUUUAUAUCUUUUGCAUAUUCAUUGUCAAGUUCUGACCCUGACAACCUGUUUUUAAACUCCUGUGAACAAAAGCUGAUAUAUGUAAGUUGGCCCCUGCUGUCACUGCCAUAGAUGUAUAUUGUAAGUGAUAGGAACUGUUUCUAUGUGUCUGUGUUCAAACGUCUGUGUUUACUGCAUUUCAUGACUACUACUGAUGGAAUACAGCAACGGAAUAACACUAACAACACUUGACUGCCAUUAUUCCGUCUUCAUAUAUCA